AUGGCUGUUAUCAGUGAUGGGGGAUCCCACUUUUGCAACAAGUUGUUUAAAGUAUUAUUGGAAAUAUAUGGGGUUUGCCAUAAUGUGGCCACUCCUUACCAUCCUCAGACUAGUUGGCAAAAGGAGGUGUCAAACAGGGAUAUUAAGCAGAUUUUUGCAAAAACAGUGAAUGCUAGUAGAACUAAUUUGUCAAAGAGGCUUUAUUUGGGCCUACCGGACAGCAUACAAACUCCCAUAGGUAUGUCCCUAUACCAACUUGUAUUUGGGAAGGCUUGUCCCUUACCGUUUGAAUUAGAGCUUAAGACCAUGUGGGCAAUGAAGAAAUUGAAAAUGAAUUGGAAUAAGGUUGCAGAACAGAGGUUAAACGGGUUGUAUAAGCUUGAUGAAUUUAGCUUGAGGCCAUAUGAAAGUUCAGCUAUCUACAAAGAAAAGAUGAAGAAGUUUUACUUGUUUCUGGGCAAAUUCAAGUCCAAAUGUACUUGUCCCUAUUUGAACACACAACUAUUCCCUCAUGGUGAGGUUGAGUUGGAUAAAAAGAAGGGUUUUAGGUUCAAGGUGAACAGGAAGCGAAUCAAAAUCUAUCCAGGGCAUGCUGAAACGGCGAAUGAAAGUUUGCAAGAAACUAACUGGUUAAUUGGUUUUGCAGGAGCAGUGAAUGCUUUGCAAACAGAAGCACUAGCACUGUUCACGGCCUACAACUCGCAAUAG